ACCCAAAACACUAUUUUUAAAACUUUAUUAAAGUUGUUAAAUACGAAUAUAAAAAUGUUUUUAACAUUUGAACGAUUCUUUCAGUUGUACAAUAUUAGAAGUUAGUGCUACAGAAAGUUUGGAAGUGGAUACACUAGCUGAUUUACAGUUGGCGAAUGUAUUACUUAAUGCUAACUUAGUUUGGAAGUAAACAAACGUUGCAAGUUCUUAAGUUAUCAUAAUGUCAAGUAUCACAGAAGUAGUAACGUUUGAGGACUUGGAAGCUACAGACGUCAUCAGCGUAGAGUUGGUCCCUGAACGCAAGGGCCUCAUUCUGAAGCACUGUGAAUAUUAUGUGAGCUCCCGACGACAUGGCACCACUGUUUCUAGAAGAUAUAAUGAUUUUGUACAGUUGUAUGAUGUCCUGUAUGCUAAGUACCCUUAUCGUGCAAUAUGCCGCCUCCCACCCAAACGCGUGGUGGUCGGUGGGGGCAGUUCUCGGUUCCUUUUACGCCGGCGAGCGGCCCUCCAACGCUGGUUAACCCUGGUUGCUAGGCACCCAGUCCUGGCUCAUGAUGCAGAUCUGAGAAUAUUCCUAUGUGAAAGUAAUGUUCGACUUGAGAAGCCAAAGCAUGAUGAGUUUGUGUUAGCGGGAACACAGGAAGAGGGGCCGAGUGACGUGUCUACGGAGGAAAUGCAAGCGGCGCUCGUUAACGAGCAGGAACAAUUGCGAUUGGCGCAUCUCGGCCUUGGCAGGCUCACGCAGAUCUUCGAGAAAGUGCAAGAGCGAUGCUUAGCAGAAAGAAGCGAUAUGCGCGAGCUAGGCGCGGCGCUGAGCGCUCUGGCCGCUCCCGCUGCUCUGGCCGCUCCUGGCAGUACCACCGUGCCGCAUGCGCUCGCUGCUGCUGCUCAAUUAGCCUGCACAGUCGAAUCGGAUGACACAGAAGAAUACCCCGAAGAAGAAGGGUCGGAUGGUCUAGUACGUCUUGCGGGGGAAGCAUGCGGGGCCUACAGAGAGUUGUGUGCGCGAUUGUCGCGGGGCUUACACGCGGAGAGGGCGGCGGCCGCGGCGGCUGCCCCGCAUGCCCCGCAAGCGAGGCCUCUGCGGGACAGGCAUCGGUAUGCUUUGAGAGCUGCUUUACAGGAGGGCUCCGUAGCUCGAGCCUACGUAGCGCGAGCACUACAAGCUUUACCAGCGCUAGCAGGGUCCCGCGCCGCCGCGCAUGCGCAGCACUCCGCGCUGUGGCAGGACCUGCAUCGCGCACUCACGCACACACACAAGUAAAACUUUGUAUUAUGACGUCACUUUACAUGUACAAGUAAUGCUGACUGUCUUACAGUGAGGGAUCUAUCAGACAGGGAGCGGUCACGCGGUCAAGCGUUCAAGUGGUCAGUUUUGAGUUCUUUGUGUCAUAUUACGUUACAUAGACAUACUCACACAGGAGGCAUUUUAACCGCGUCGGUUAAGUAAAAGAAAUAGUAGCAGAGCUCGAACGCAGAACGCUCGACCACGUGACCGCUCUAACAAUAAGCAAACCAUUUUUAGUUGUCAAAUCGCUGAUUUGACCAAAUAUCGGCAAUUUUAUGGCUGGAUUAUGGUUUUGAUGAAAUAGUGAAACUCAACUUUUUUAUUUUUAAAUUGGUAGAGAAUUUGAAAAAAGAUCUUUAGAAAUAUGAGGAAAAUUCUCGAAUUUAUAUCAGAUCUGUACCUGUGUUGCUUUAGACUUAUUUCUCUAAUUACAGAUAUUUACUAUUUCAGAAUGAGAAUCUUUUACACAUUUUAAUUAGGCGAAUAAUAUGUUUUUUUUUCUAGUUUUUUAAGGGGCUAGGUGUAAUAUUGUAAUCGAUACAUAUCUUUUUAUUAUAAUUAUACGAAAUAUUAAUAAAAAUAAACGAAAUUGGUUGGUAAAAACAACACUAAAAUAAAGCAAAUAAAUUGAAUUUUAAACAUUUUAUAGUUUGAAAAUUUUGUAAUAAAUUGGCAACUAAAUUAAGAAAAAGAUUUUGACUAAUUAUUAUUUACUGUAAGGUACCAUUUAAAAUAAGUAUUAUAAAGGUGUGAUUUUAAUAUAGUUAGUAAACUUCGUAAUACAUUCCAUAUUUUUUUCGCAUGGCGAAUCUUGCUCAAAAAUAAAGGCACUAAAGUGCCUUAUUGUUUUAAAAUAUUUUAGCUCAAAUAUUAAUAAACGAUCAAGCAUCAAAUUAUAUCGAUCAUUAUGCAAUUUUUUCGUCACCUAUUAAAGCAAUUAUGAAAAUAAACUUAUAUACAAAUAUAUUAACAAAUAAAUAAAUAAUACAUAUGUUUAUCCUGUGAUAUCUUUGUACACGGAGUAAGUAACAAAUGGAGUGCGAAUGCAAGAAUCUCGG